AAUAAAAGAAGAACGUUCAGUGUUUCGGAUGAGUAGGUAUUACAGUGAAACAUGCUUUGAAAAGAUCUGUAGUUAGGAGGAAAAGUGCUAUUAAUAGGCUACUUUAGCCAAGGAAAAUAAAAAGGAAGAAAGCUUCAUGACGUUGGCUUCAGCAUGGAAGUGCUUGGCGUUACUUGGUUGCUACAGCAACAGUCUGUUGUACUGGAGAGGACGCUGGUGUUAGCACACGAGUCUGACAACAAACAUUAGCCAGUGUUAAUGCUAAAUGUUGACUUGUGACAAGAGAAGAAAUUAAACUUAAUAUCACACAUAUUGAGUUUUGUGUGUCUCCUCCAGAUGGAGGCGUCCUCCCCACAGAGCAGAGUUGGAGGCGGAGUGUGGAACAACCCCAGAGCCACCAAGUACAGCAAGGAGACGCAGGAUAUGCUGAGAUUAAUGAUGCAGGAAUCAAGGCUCACCAACCUCCAGAGAAAACAGAUAAACGAAUGCCUCAAGAACGGGGCAUCUUUACCCCUGACCUUUGACUCCACAUCACCAGCUUCUUCCAUUCAGCCUAAAGCCAGUAAAUCUGUCCAGAAAGUCCUGCCAGCGAAGCCUCAGAGACGCAGCGCUGAAUCUUGUCGUUCUGGGAACAGCUACGUCAGAGAAAAGUUCCGUCCUGGUCCUUUAAGAGACUUGGAGAAAGAGAAGAGGAGGCUUCAAAAUAUUUUGGCAACGGGACAAGAAGAACCCACACUUGCAUCUUCCCAAAAUGUUGCUGGUCAUGGCAGCCCAGGAGUGGUAGAGGAGAUAGACCGGUAUCAAGAAGUUUUGAAUGAGAUAGAGGAGCGAAGACUGUUUCUGGCAGAUAUGGCCUCUCUGGGCCAGGAGAAGCGGUACAUCAACAUCAUCAACACAGAGAUUUCACAGAAAAUUCGAGAACUGGAGUUGCUGGACAAGACCACAAGUCCCAAGAGGGAUGCAAUGACAUCUGAGAGGAGCAGGGGAGCCAAAGAACAGAUCAAAGAAAGAAAGAAAUGAGUUUGAAAGAAGCAGGAGGAGAGGAGACUCACUGCCACUGACUGAACUCUUGGAGAUGACUUGGAAAUCAACUGCAAGCAAAAGAAUUUCAAAAUCAGACAAAUUACAGACAAGAAAGGGUUAAGUCAAACUUGAUAUAGUGAGUGUGGUCAUGAUGUCUGGAAACAGGUUACAGCUGACAGACUGCUCUCUGCACCAUUUAUAUCAGUAGUGAAGACAAAACUGUGAUGUCAGGUGGUGAAAGCAUUAAAUCCACAGAAACAUUA